AUGCUAUCCUUCCACUUCUUUCUUGGCAUUCUCCUUGGCUUGGCUACGUUGCUCCAUGCCGCUCCCAUCACCGAGAACGAUUUUGAGCCGAUGAACGUUACCUUGCCUCAUGGCAACUUCACUGGUAAGCACAGCACUUUUGACUCUGACCUCAGUGUACUGAUCUUGUUCGAAGCUCAGGGCUAUGAUCCAUCUUUGGAGUAUCAUGACUAUAGUACAGCACAGGUCUGGAUGGGUACAAAGAUGACUACUGUUGGAAGUGUCAUUGGCCUAGAGCUGUAUAGUGCAGUUGGGGUCAAGAACUCCAAUUUCGGAGGCAGGUGUAUGAAGGCUUGGCCGGCGCUCACUGUACCUUGCACGACGAACAUUUAUGAAAUUCAUGCUCGCUGGGAGAGCCCGGACAUCCGUCAUCUCUUGAUUCAAGCUGCUGCUGGCGCUUUGCAGCAGAUGACCUACGAGAACGUCAUAGGCCCUACCAACUGCUAUGACAUGGCUGGUACUAGGGCUUGUAACGUGGGCAGUGCUGUUCGAGUUAACUUUCCUAAUUCCGAUGGCGGCGGAACAAACUACCUCCACUUCAUGCUCUACAACUACUGGACAGACUACGGCAAUUAUUAUUGCUGUCAGGGAAACAAGCGAGAGCGAAUUGACAAGGUUUUGGAUAAACUUGGUCCAAGCAUCAAGGAGCAGUUCUCAGGCUGGAAGGAUAAGGACUUCACUCGCGACUCUAGGUGCAUCAUCAACGGCUGGCAAAGCUGUUAG